AUGAGUAAAAAAUUAUCGUUGGAAGAGAGACUCUCCUUGGCAACUAAGAAAGGAAGAAAGAAAAAUAAAAGGUCAACGUCAAAUUUGUCGUCUCCAUCGCCUGUGGUGCUGUCAAACAAUGAACAAGAAAGUGCUCGUACAUCCAUUGAUGAUGCGGCUGCCGGUGUGGUGUCAAUUGACAAUGCUGAAAACAUAGAUGAUCCUGCGGUACGAUCAGAAAGCACUGUGGAAGGCGAUACAGGUAAGGCAGAUUCAAUCGCUGUCGAUGACGUGGUGCAUCCCGAUCACAAUAGGACUGAUUGCUUCGACGACACUAUGGUAUCACUGCCUACAUGGCUACCUAAAAAUUACACUGAAUUUACUGUUGAAGAAUUAGUCAAAGAAAUUAGUCCUGAAUAUUUAAGAUUAAACAAACAGAUUGAUGACCUAACUAACGAACUAAACAGAAAAUCACAAAUCGAAACCACGGAUUCUAGUUUUUUCAAAUUGAUUAAAGAGAAGGACGACUUGAUAGAUCAGUUGAGAAAAGAAGGAGCUAAAUUAGCGGAAACUGAGCUGAGGCAAUCAAAUCAAAUCAAAGCUUUAAGAACAAAAGUGAAAGACUUAGAGUAUGAGGUAUCUGAACUAAACGAUAGUUCUGCUCAGAGUGUCGAAAACUAUAAUGAGCUGCAAUCAUUGUAUCACAACAUACAAGGACAACUGGCUGAAGCUACAAAUAAAUUAAAGGAUGCAGAUAAACAAAAAGAGUCACUUGAAACAUUAGAGAAAAAUAUAAAAGAAAAAGAUGAUUUGAUAACAAUUUUACAGCAAUCUUUAGAUAAUAUGAGAACAUUGCUUGAAAAAGAAAAAAGUGAAUUUCAAACGGAAAAGAAAGCACUACAAGAAGCAACAGUUGAUCAAGUUACCACUCUAGAGACUAAACUAGAACAACUAAGAAUAGAAUUAGAUAGCUCUACUCAAAAUUUAGACGCUAAAUCAAAUAGAGAUUUUGUCGAUGACCAACAAAGUUAUGAAGAAAAACAACACGCAUCUUUCCAAUACAAUCGGCUCAAAGAACAGCUUGAGUCAUCAAAGGCCAACUGGGAUAGUAUUGAAUACGCUUUGAACACUAAAAUUGUGAACUUGGAAAACCGCUUUGAAUCUACAAUGAAAGAAAAAAAUGAUAUUGAAGAAAAAUAUCAAACUGCCUUACGUUCAUCUGAAACAUUAGGUAAGCAAUUAGAAAAAGAAAAAGAGAAUCAUUCGAAGGCAGUUUUGGAAGUGAAAGACUUGGAGAGACGGGCGGAGACAUUGAAGUCAUCAUUGCAAAGUAUAAGUGAUGAUUAUAAUCUACUGAAGAAGAAGUACGAAAUUCAAAGGUCUCAGUUGGAACAAAAAGAGAACGAACUAAAACCACAUCAAGAAAACAGCAAUGAGAAAAUUAUAGAUAAAAUACCUGUAGAAUUAACAGAUAGUUUAAACUCCAUGGAGGGAAAUAUAGAAGACGAAUGGACUUUACCUCAAGAAAAUUCUAUGCUGUCAUUAUCAAUGUCAAAACUUGGCGAAUUAGAAAGCGAUCCGUCUCUAAAACCCAUUUACAAUGAAUCUCACGAAACCAUAUGUAGCGAAGAAAGCCAACAUUUUGAUAGAAAAAAUGUGGAUUUCAGCAUUGACGAUAUUCCAGAAGAGGCCGCUGCUUUACAAGCAAUCAGGGAAGGGGAAUCAAUGAACUCGUUAAACAACACAUCAAUACCAUACAGAAGAGCUAGCGUCCAGCUAUCGAAUUCUAACGGCCACAUAAGCGCUCAUCUGGUGAACAAGUUAAGUACGGAGUUAAAAAGAUUGGAAGGUGAAUUAUCAGCAUCAAAGGAAUUAUACGAUAAUUUACUGAAAGAAAAGACAAAAGCAAAUGAUGAGAUUUUAAGACUUCUGGAAGAAAACGAUAAAUUCAAUGAGGUAAAUAAACAGAAAGAUGAUCUCUUAAAAAGAGUUGAGCAGAUGCAAAGUAAAUUGGAAACCUCCUUACAACUAUUAGGUGAAAAGACUGAACAAGUGGAGGAAUUAGAAAAUGAUGUGUCCGAUUUAAAAGAGAUGAUGCAUCAACAAGUUCAACAAAUGGUAGAAAUGCAAGGAAAAAUGAGAUAA